AUGUUCUGUCAGCAGCCCACUGAUUUCGUCGACACCACCUAUCCGGAUCAUGUGUGCUUGCUCUCUGGUUCUCUUUAUGGGUUGAAGCAAGCACCUCGGGCUUGGUACCAGCGCAUUGCGGCCUUCCUUCAGCAGCAGGGGUUCCGGUCCACACGGUCCGAUGCCUCCCUGUAUGUUUAUCAUCACGGCGUCGCUAUUGCGUACCUCCUCCUGUACGUCGCCGACAUCAUCCUGACUGCGUCCUCGCCAGCGCUUCUUCAGCAGAUCACCGCUCGACUUGGCACCGAGUUUGCCCUCAAGGGAUUGGGGGCUCUCCAUUACUUGCUCGGCAUUGAGGUCGUUCGCCAUGCCACUGGCUUCUUUCUGCAUCAGCAGAAGUAUGCCUACAAGCUUCUGGAGCGAGCUGGCAUGCUUAAUUGCAAGCCCGCUUCCAUGCUUGCCGACACGAAGGCUAAGGUGUCCGCUGUCAAGGGUUCUCCGGUGUCCGACGCUCCCUUAUACCGCUCCAUUGUCGGUGCUCUUCAGUACCUCACGCUGACGCAGCCGAAUCUUCAGUAUGCUGUUCAGCAGGUGUGGCUUCACAUGCACGCCCCCCGUGACACUCAUUGGGCUCUGGUGAAACGUAUUCUCUGGUAUAUACGUGGCACCAUGGCUAUGAGUCUCACCCUAAAGGCUUCCUCCGACACCGACCUCGUCGCCUACUCCGACGCCUACUGGGCUGGGUGCCCUGACACUCGGCGCUCCACCUCCGGCUACUGCGUCUACUGA